AUGGAUGAUCCUGAACAUCCUGAGCCGGCAAUUGAACCAGCUGUUUCACAUAUUGACUCGCAGCCGAGUGAUCAACAUGAUCAGGUCCAAGAUCAGCCGCAAGAACAGAAAGGCCCAUCGCUGAGCCUCAUCGCGGAAAAUGCUUUUAUUCGGUCUAGAAAUGACAUAACCAACGAACCAUCUACCAAGCAAAAUUAUUACACAUCCGCCCAAUGGACAGCAGACGGAACGUCACUCAUUGUAUCAUCCGCCCUCAACUCAAUAUACACCUUUGUCCUCCCUGAAGAUCUACUUGACCCAUCAGCCUCUCGCCCGCGACGCCUUGAGUCUCAAUCUUCAAUAUCUCUCCCUGAGCCCUCUCAGACAGUCGUCGCGGCACCCUUCUACUCUCUUGCCGACCCGGCCACCCAGACCGUACUUGUCGGAUGUCGCGACCACCCUGUUCAACUUUACCAUCUCUUCCCUCCAGAUGACAAUGGCCAUGCAUCGCGCUCUGCCCCACUCGCUUCGUAUAAACUAAUACGUCGUGAAACGGAGGAAUACAUUACGCCUUCGUCUAUCCUUUGGGAAGCAUCAGGGUCGCAUUUUCUUGUUGGCUCGACGAAUCGCCUUGAUUACUUUGACAUGACACGGCCAAGUUCUGAUGGGCCACUGCUUACCAUACCCACUAUCCCCUCCAAACGACAUAUUUCAAAGGGCAGUGGAGUUGGUAUGAAAGGUACUGUCGCUGCUCUAGCAUCAUCGCCCGUGGAUGCCAAUGGUAGUUCUGUUAUUGCAGCCGGGACAUGGACGCGCUGGAUGGGACUAUACGAUGUGCAUCGCUCUGACAAGGUUGUCGCCAAUUGGCCCCUUCCGCGCUCGGAGGACAUUCCUGGAGAUAUUGGAGGACAGGGUGUCGUUCAAGUUCGAUGGAGCCCAUGUGGUCGCUACCUCAUUCUCAAUGAACGUCAUGCCUCCGGUCUCAUGGUAUAUGACAUCCGCGGUACAGGUCAGCUUCUCUGCACUCUUCGAGGCAGAAGCGCACCUACUCAGCAAAAGAUGACCAUGGACAUCUUCACUGGCGAUCCUUAUGCUGAGUUUCCGACCUUCGAGGUCUGGGCAGGGACCCAUGAUGGCGGUGUUGCGGUGUGGGAAGGUGUUGGCAGCCAGGCUGGCGUUGUAGAUCCCUCAUGGAGUUGGAAGCCCCAUGAUGCACCGGUAGGAAGCACUGCUCUCCAUUCGAGUGGCUCCGUUGCAGCGACUUGUUCGGGAGGAUGGGACUUUGAUGAUUCGUCAGGUACUCAGACAGUGUUUGAGGAGUCUAGUAUCAAGAUAUGGUCAAUAGGAGCCUGA